GUGUAUAUCAUCCGGUCACCGACAGAUGGAUCAGAUAACCGGGUGGAUUUGUGAUUAUCUUGGUGAAGCAAUCAACAAGUCACUCGCAAACAAACUCGGUAAAGUUGUGGUAAGUCAACCUGUUGAAUCACUC